AGCAGGGAGAAGUUCACUCAGAUCAGCUGAUCCUAACUGACAACAGGAGAGGAGGAAGCCCGGGAGGCAGCGAAGGAGGAGGGGGGGUGGAGAUGGAGAGGAGGAUGGAUCCACCGGUGCCCUGAGGAACAGCCCCCGUUUCCACCGGCGCCCCGGGGUCUCCCGACGCCGCCUCGCCGCAGCAGAGCUGCUUCGUGGUAUCCUUUGAAAUACUGACUUGAGCUGGAUAAUAUUGAAAAGCUCCUGACCACUCUCUUUCAUUACCAAAACCUUGUGUCUGAGGCCUCAUGCAUGCGCCCACCUCAGUGAACCCAUCAGAUCCCUCUCAGAUAGCCAUAACAGACCCUCUCAAGUUAAUUUUAACCACAUAUUUGCCUGCACUUUAUGGAGGAUGAAACUAUCAAACCACGUCAACGUUGCUGCUGAUUCAGUAGUCUUGGCAGCAGGAGAUUAAACAUCCGAACAUUUGUAAAUGUGUGAAGAAUUCUAAUAAGACAUCGAAUGUUUUUUUAAAAACAUUUUUUUAAGGGUGUUCAGAACCCUGUGGAGGUGUGCUCAGUCUUCGGACUCAACGCCUUUGUCUUCACUUCUGGGGAAAGCCCAGGUACCGUUAUAUGGUAGGUGCUUUCCUUCCCGGUCUGAAUAUGAGUGCGCAGACUUCCCCAGCAGAGAAGGGCCUGAACCCUGGGCUGUUGUGCCAGGAGAGUUACACCUGCAGCGGGACUGACGAAGCCGUCUUCGAGUGUGACGAGUGCUGCAGCCUGCAGUGUCUCCGCUGUGAGGAGGAGCUCCACCGGCAGGAGCGCCUGAGAAACCAUGAGCGGAUCAGACUCAAAGCCGGCCACGUCCCUUACUGUGACCCCUGCAAGGGCCCCAGUGGGCAUUCUCCAGGUAUGAAGCAGAGGGCAGUCGUGAGGUGCCAGACCUGUAAAAUCAACUUGUGCCUGGAGUGCCAGAAGAGGACUCAUUCUGGGGGUAACAAAAGGAGGCACCCUGUUACUGUGUACCAUGUGGCUAAGGUCCAGGAGUUGCUGGAGGAAGAAGGGAUGGAUGAGGACACCAAGAGGAAGAAGAUGACUGAGAAGGUUGUGAGUUUCCUCCUAGUAGAUGAGAAUGAAGAAAUUCAGGUAACGAAUGAAGAGGACUUUAUUAGGAAAUUGGACUGCAAACCUGAUCAGCAUCUGAAAGUGGUUUCCAUUUUUGGAAAUACUGGGGAUGGGAAGUCUCAUACCCUCAACCACACUUUCUUUUAUGGCCGGGAAGUCUUCAAAACCUCCCCUGCCCAGGAGUCCUGCACUGUGGGAGUGUGGGCAGCAUAUGACCCAGUCCACAAAGUAGCAGUGAUAGACACAGAAGGGCUCUUGGGGGCUACAGUGAAUCUAAGCCAGAGAACACGGCUGCUGCUUAAGGUCCUGGCCAUCUCAGACCUCGUCAUCUAUCGAACUCACGCAGACCGACUGCACAAUGACCUCUUCAAGUUCCUUGGGGACGCCUCAGAAGCUUAUCUGAAGCACUUCACCAAGGAGCUCAAGGCUACCACUGCCCGCUGUGGCCUGGAUGUCCCCCUGUCCACUCUGGGCCCUGCUGUUAUCAUUUUCCACGAGACUGUGCACACACAGCUGCUAGGCUCUGAUCACCCCUCCGAGGUGCCCGAGAAGCUCAUCCAGGACCGGUUCCGGAAGCUGGGCCGCUUCCCAGAAGCCUUCAGUUCUAUUCAUUACAAGGGAACGAGGACAUACAAUCCUCCCACAGACUUUUCUGGUCUUCGGCGUGCUUUGGAGCAACAACUAGAGAAUAACACCACCCGUUCUCCCCGGCACCCGGGAGUCAUCUUCAAAGCCCUGAAGGCCCUGAGCGACCGCUUCAGCGGUGAGAUCCCCGAUGACCAGAUGGCACACAGCUCCUUUUUUCCAGAUGAGUACUUCACCUGCUCCGUCCUGUGCCUCAGCUGCGGGGCUGGAUGUAAGAACAGCAUGAAUCACGGGAAAGAAGGAGUACCUCAUGAAGCCAACAGCCGCUGCAGAUACUCUCACCAGUAUGACAACCGGGUUUUUACCUGCAAGGCCUGCUACGAGAGAGGCAAUGAAGUCAGCGUGGUACCCAAGACGGCUGCUUCCACCGACUCCCCCUGGAUGGGUCUCGCAAAAUAUGCCUGGUCUGGGUACGUAAUUGAAUGUCCCAACUGUGGCGUGGUCUAUCGUAGCCGGCAGUACUGGUUUGGAAACCAAGAUCCUGUGGAUACAGUGGUGCGGACAGAGAUUGUGCAUGUGUGGCCUGGAACUGAUGGGUUUCUGAAGGACAACAACAAUGCUGCCCAGCGCCUCUUGGACGGGAUGAACUUCAUGGCUCAGUCGGUGUCUGAGCUUAGCCUUGGGCCCACCAAGGCUGUGACGUCCUGGCUGACAGACCAGAUCGCCCCUGCCUACUGGAGGCCCAACUCCCAGAUCCUGAGCUGCAACAAGUGCGCUACAUCCUUUAAAGAUAACGACACCAAGCAUCACUGCCGGGCCUGUGGGGAGGGCUUCUGUGACAGCUGUUCAUCCAAGACCCGGCCAGUGCCAGAGCGGGGCUGGGGCCCUGCUCCCGUGCGGGUGUGUGACAACUGCUAUGAAGCCAGGAAUUCCCACUUAGAUGUUACUGAGGCACAGGCGGACGAUGAAGGCGGGACGCUGAUUGCUCGGAAGGUGGGCGAGGCCGUGCAGAACACUUUGGGAGCCGUGGUGACAGCCAUUGACAUACCACUAGGUCUGGUGAAGGAUGCGGCCAGGCCGGCGUACUGGGUACCAGACCAUGAGAUCCUGCACUGCCACAACUGCCGGAAGGAGUUCAGCGUCAAGCUUUCCAAGCACCACUGCCGGGCCUGCGGACAGGGCUUCUGUGACGAGUGUUCCCAUGACCGCCGGGCUGUCCCCUCUCGAGGCUGGGACCAUCCUGUCCGAGUCUGCUUUAACUGCAAUAAAAAGCCUGGUGACCUUUAACCCCA